AUGGAUACAGUCAUAACCAGCCUUCCCCCUAAAGUGGGAGCCAUUCUUAUGGAGAACGUCUCCAUCAUUCAGAUUGUGUCCAUGUUCUCGAUCGGCGCGUACAAUGCCCUAGAAACAGGGAUCGUCACAUUCGAUACCUUCAAACACUACCGCAGUCUCAACUUCUGGAGCAUGCAAGUCGCAUCCUGGGGAAUCCUUGUGCAUGCCAUUCCUGCUAUGGCUCGUUUCAUAUCUCAGGCAUCCAGCCUCCCAACGUCAAUCCCUUUCGUGAUCGGAUGGUAUGCCAUGGUUACCGGCCAAGCCGUCGUACUAUACUCGCGUCUGAAUCUCGUCGUCUCCGAUGUGAGAAAGGUACGGUGGGUCCUAUGGAUGAUCAUUACCAACGCUUGCAUCCUACACAUUCCAAUGACUGUCCUGUUUUUCGCGCUCAAUAACGGAGAUACACAUUUCGCUCGCCCUGCCGCAAUCUUCGACCGCAUCCAAUCGACUGGCUUCUGCAUACAAGAUUUCACCAUCUGCGGCAUUUACAUAUACGAAGCAGUGCGUACAUUCAAGUCUAUCAUUGAAGUCCGCGGUCGCGACGGCCGCAAUGCCAUCAUUCAUCUACUUUGUAUCAAUACCAUUGUGGUCAUCCUGAACGUUCUACUUCUGCUCGCGGAGUACAGACUGCACUACAUUCAAGUGAGCUUCAAGACAGUGGUGUACAGCAUCAAGCUGAAGUUGGAGGUCUCCGUGCUUAACCGCUUCCAGUCGCUGAUGCUUGGUCGCCUCUCUCUACGUCAGUAUGAACCCGAGGAGCAACGCCAAUCAAGCAAUGAGAAUCUCGUGGACAAGAGUUUUGCACGGUCAGAUGUUGCACCGGAGGUGACAUUGCAACCUGUAGUUGCGCAAACAGAGAUACCACAUCUUUCCUAA